GCGGAUCAGAGAGAGGAGGAGGAGUGGUCGGGGACUCCGCGGCUCCGUGAAGUGCCGUAGUCAACAGUUUUCACGUUUACAACAUUAAAAAAAUUCAUGAAAUCUAUAGUUGCACGUUGGGGUGCACUACAGAGUAUAGCAGCUAUAUAGCCCCUAUUAAACCUCUCCCCCCACCCUCUUAUCUAUAUACAUAGAGUUCCCCUCCAGCAAGGUGACUCGAACAAGGCCUCUUGUUCAGCUUCCACUUCUCUCGUUUGGAAGCGUCUGUCUAUACCGAAUCUUAUAUUCUGAUCUAUUUUCUCUUAGCAAGAUCUCUUUGUUUCUCUGUCUCUGUAAUUUCUGCAAUGGAAGGCAAACUGGGUCAUGAGUAUUCCCUGGCUGCGCCUCUUGUGCACCAUGAAAAGCAACGCAGCCUCGAGGAUUUGGAGUCCAAUGGCGAUUACCGUGAUACGGGCACCACCUCUUUCUUUAAAACUUGCUUCAAUGGACUCAAUGCUUUGUCAGGAGUUGGGAUACUGUCAGUUCCGUAUGCUUUAUCAUCAGGAGGGUGGUUGAGCUUGAUUCUACUUUUGUUAAUUGCUGUUUCGGCCUUCUACUCAGGCUUGCUAAUUACAAGAUGCAUGGAUGCAGACACAAAUAUCAAGACAUAUCCUGAUAUUGGUGAAUUUGCAUUUGGGAAGAAAGGAAGGAUGGUGGCAUCAUUCUUUAUGAAUACAGAGCUCUACUUAGUUGUGACCGGUUUCCUGAUAUUAGAAGGGGAUAAUUUAUAUAAUCUAUUUCCAGACAUGGGAUUUGAGAUUGCAGGGAUAAGAAUUGGUGGAAGACAAAGUUUUGUGAUAUUUGUGGCCCUUAUUAUUUUGCCUACAGUUUGGUUAUAUAGCCUCAGCCUUCUAUCUUAUAUAUCUGCUAGUGGAGUCUUGGCUUCUAUUAUCAUCCUUGGGUCAAUUUUGUGGGCUGGUACAUUUGAUGGAAUUGGAUUCCAUGGAAAGGGAACUCUUCUGAAUUUGAAUGGAAUUUCUACAGCUGCUAGCUUAUAUGCAUUUUGCUAUUGUGCCCAUCCUGUUUUCCCCACCCUAUACACUUCCAUGCGAAACAAGCGUCAAUUCUCUAAGGUCUUGCUCUUCUGCUUUGUCUUCUGUACCAUUUGCUAUGCAUCAAUGGCAGUUUUAGGCUACUUAAUGUUUGGGUCGAAGGUAGAAUCACAGGUAACUCUCAACCUCCCAACUGAGAAGCUUAGCUCGAAGGUAGCAAUAUUUACCACCCUUGUCAAUCCCAUAUCUAAAUAUGCAUUGAUGGGCACGCCAAUUGUAAACGCAGUUGAAAGAUAUUUUCCACGUUUUGACAAGAAAAGGUCCUUUAGCUACUUCAUCAGAACUGCCUUGGUGAUCAGCACAGUUAUUGUUGCCUUGGCUGUGCCAUUUUUCGGGUAUCUCAUGUCUUUGGUUGGAGCCUUUUUAAGUGUCACAGCUUCAAUGUUACUGCCAUGCUUAUGGUACUUGAAGAUUUCAGGCAAUUAUCGAAGUUUUGGUCUUGAAUCAAUGAUUAUAUGCGGCAUUAUGUUAAUGGGUAUUUCAAUUGUAAUCGCUGGCACUUACACAUCUCUCCUAGAAAUAAUAAGGCAUCUGUAAGUGCAGGAGUUAUUGUUAACGGAAGAAUUUCAGUUUUGUAAUUACUUUUGUUCGAUGUACUAAUAAUCGGGCAUUUUAGGCAUUGUAAAGUGCUAGAGUCUCUUUUUCUCUUUUUUUUUUUUUUUGUUUUUUCGUGUCCAUCCGUUUAUGUAAGGAGUUCUUGCUAAUAUAAGAAUUUCAGUUUUAUAA